UUUACACGAAUAAAAAAAGAUGUAUGUGACAAAAUAAGUUAGUUCAUAUAAGAACAAUAAUGUCAUGCGUGUAUUCAAUUUCAUUUAUUUUAUCAAUCAUUUCCUCUAGUUAUUCUCGCUUGCGCAGUUUUCAACACGCAAACCCAAAACAUUUAGUUGUUUGGUGUGUUGUGUGUUGUUCUCUGAAUCCGUUCUUCGUCCGUGGUCAGCUGUAGCGUAUUUAGAAAUGGUAAUAUGGGAUAAAAGUCGUUUUGGGUGUGUUUUUCAAUAGAUUUGUGUACAUUAUCGAAUUGUGAAGUGGAGACAAUGUUUAGUGAUUGUGUUUUUGUGUUAUGCUUACUUAUAGUUCUACCAUUUAUUGGAAGUGCCGAUCGACUGAACGAGUACAUCCGCCAUUAUGAAACCCUCGACUACGACACGGAACCAGUACAUAGGGCACACUCGAGGGCGAAACGUUCGCUCAUCUCCGACGAUUACGUUCACGUACAAUUCAAAGCUCACGGUCACGAUUUUCGAAUACGGUUGAAAAGAGACCUCCAAGUUUUCAACGAUAGACUCGAAGUGCACGGUCCUCAAGGAGAACCCUUAGAUGUCGAUACUUCCCAUAUUUAUCAUGGACAUAUUUUAGGUGAAGUGGACAGCGUCGCCUUCGGGUCUGUAAUCGACGGCGUGUUCGAAGGCAAAAUAAUGUUACCAAAGAAAGGUGCUUACUACGUAGAAAAAGCGCGCCACUAUUUCCCUGAUUCCGAUCGUUACAACAGAACAUUCCACAGCGUCAUAUACCACGAAGAUGAUGUCGAAGAUCCGUACGCCCAUUUACGGGAAGGGCAUUCCGCCGGUUGCGGCAUUAACGACGACGUCAUCCAAUGGAUGAAUAAAAUACAAUAUUCGGAAACAGAAGAUUCGCCACCGCCUCCAACGACGCCAUACCAAAAACCAACAAAACACCAAAAGUACAACAAAUCGAACCGAUACAAAAAAGAUAAAUCCGAAGAAAAAUCGCCCAAUUUCGAAGACGUACUCAAUAAAUAUUCCAAAGAAGCCAAUGAACGAAGCAACACCAGACACAGAAGAGCCACCAGAAGAGACGAUACCAAAAAUACUUGCUCAUUAUACAUACAGACGGAUCCCCUUAUUUGGAGACACAUCAGGGAAGGCUUUCCCGAGCAUUUGGAUCCGAAGAAACAAUCCGAAGUCAACGAAAAAACGAAAGAAGAAAUUCUUUCCCUAAUCGCCCAUCACGUGACCGCCGUCAAUUAUAUAUACCGCGACACGAAGUUCGACGGAAAAAACGAACAUCGCAAUAUCAAAUUCGAAGUGCAAAGAAUCAAAAUCGACGACGACGCGUCUUGUAGAUGUUACCACAGGGGUUGCGGCGAAAUGAACCAGUUCUGUUUAGAAAAUAUAGACGUGAGCAAUUUCCUCAACAUCCACUCUUUGGGUAACCACGAAGACUUCUGCCUCGCCUACGUAUUCACUUACAGGGAUUUCACCGGGGGUACUUUGGGUUUGGCGUGGGUGGCUAGCGCUUCGGGCGCAUCCGGCGGCAUUUGCGAGAAAUACAAGACUUACACCGAGACCAUCGGCGGUAUGUACCAAUCGACGAAGAGGUCUUUGAAUACCGGUAUCAUCACUUUCGUUAAUUAUAACAGCAGGGUACCGCCCAAGGUGUCGCAACUCACUUUGGCUCAUGAGAUCGGACACAAUUUUGGAUCGCCGCACGACUACCCGCCGGAAUGUCGACCUGGCGGCCCGAGCGGUAACUACAUAAUGUUCGCUUCUGCGACUAGCGGCGAUCGGCCGAACAACAGCAAAUUCUCCAGCUGUAGCAUAGGCAACAUCAGCAACGUCCUCGACGCCAUAGAAGACAAGAAAAAAAGAAAUUGUUUCACGGCUUCGGCUGGCGCUUUUUGCGGCAAUAAAAUCGUCGAAGCCGGAGAAGAAUGCGAUUGCGGAUACGACGACAAAGAAUGCAACGACCAAUGCUGUUAUCCGAGAAUACUCAGCAUUCGAGACAAAGAAUCGAAUAGAUCGGCGGUGGGGUGUACGAGAAGAAACGGCACAGAAUGCAGUCCGAGUCAAGGACCUUGUUGUAGCAGCGAAUGCAAAUUCAUAUCCGCUUACCAUAACGAAGAAUGCAAAAUGGAAUCGGAUUGUUCGAGAUCGUCGAAAUGUAAUGGAACAAGCGCCGAAUGUCCGGCGCCGACACCUCGACCCGAUAAAACCAGAUGCAAUAACGGCACUCAAUUAUGCAUCAAAGGCGAAUGCACUGGUUCGAUUUGUUUGGAAUGGAAUUUAGAAGCGUGUUCGUUAACCACGCAAGAUCACCCUAAUAUCGAUAAGAGGAAAUUGUGCGAAUUGGCUUGUCAAAAUGGUACCGAUAUAUGCAGGAGUACCAGCGAAUUUUCCGAAAAAGUCGGAUUACCACCUGGGGGUAUCAGUCUGAGACCGGGAUCGCCUUGCGAUAACUUCCAAGGUUAUUGCGAUGUUUUCUUAAAAUGUCGCGCCGUGGACGCGGACGGACCGUUGGUACGUCUAAUGAACCUUCUCCUUAACAAAGAAACGUUAAUAAACGUCGCUCAAUGGAUAACCGAAUAUUGGUGGGCCGUGCUCUUGAUGGGUAUUGGUUUUAUCAUAUUCAUGGGACUGUUCAUUAAAUGUUGCGCCGUACAUACGCCCUCGUCGAAUCCAAAAUUGAAAAAAGCUCAACGCAUCACCGAUACAUUGAGGAGGCCCAUGAAUACUCUGCGAAGAAUGAGAUAUAAUCACGGAGGUCCUCAUAAUUCGGGAGGGGCGAAUCCUCCAUCGAAUAGAAGUCGUCGAGACCCUUCUAGUCGACCUUCAGCUAGUCAAGGACCUAGACCGGGCUAUGGUGAAGGUAGGGGACAUUAUCAUGCUCCCAAAGCGUAUUCCCCACUAGCAACAGCGCCGCCUGCGCAGAAUUACGGUCGUCAGAACCAUCCUGAAUUGUACGCAGGCGCAUACGAGAUGAGAAACAAAGUCUGACAUGAAGAAAGCGAGGAUGGGGAACAGCAGCAAGGUUCCCCGCCGCCCGAUUAUCCCGGUACUCCUAUCGCCGAUGUAUCGGCGUCAUUUCUGCUCGUACAUCACGCGGAAAGGGGAAACGGGGGGAAAGAUAAUGAAGCCGGGGGGAAAGAUAGUGAAGCCGGGUCGACUGUGUAGGUUCGGUACCGUUAAUUUCGAUGUUUUCGCACAAAAGCGAUUUCGUGUUUUUUUUUCUCUCAACACUCGGUGUAUUUUUGAAUUUGAUCUAAUAUACGGGGGUUUUCGAAAAAAAAAAAAAAGAAAUCGCCUUCAUAACCGAAAAUAUCGAAAUGUACAAUUCAAUGACUGUUGAUUAAAAAUUUGAAAAAUCUUUCGGCCAACGCGCUCUGUGAUCAAAUAAAAAAAACAAGUUACGCGGGAACUUUUUUCAAAGUGCGCGGGAAAACUUAAAAAUUUAAAUAUAUUGAAAAUAUCCGAAUAAAGAAAAGAAAAAAAAACGGGUGCAUUUGUAUUGAUAGUCACCGUUAAUUUUUAAGGUUGAUUAAAUUUUUUCGAGAUUUUAAUAGCGAUUUUUUAAAUUGUUUUUUAUUAUUAGCUUCCUUCGAACGAAAGGCUGAUGAUCAACCAUAUUUCAAUCGACUAGAGAAAAUUUUAUCUUUCAAAACAUUCAUUAUUGUCCUUUAUCAACUGUCAGCUGUCACUCGGUAUUUCUGAACAGACAUUAUCGAGAAUAUAUAAAAUUUUAUGAAUAAUCAUGAGCGGAAUUGAAUGGAAAGCAUCGAAAUAGUAAACAAUGCAAAUUUGACAACGUGUGUAAUGUCAACUGUCAACUGUCAGUUGUCCUAUUUAAGGAAACAUUAUCGAGAAUAUAAACAAACAAUUUCCUUAAUAAUUACGAGCAGAAUCGAGUGGAAUGUGUUGAAAUUGUAAACAAUACAAAUUUGAUAACGUGUGUAAUGUCAAUUGUCAGUUGUCACUCGGUAUUUAUAAGGAGAAAUUAUCGAGAAUAUAUACAAACAGUUUUCUAUAUGAUUAUGAGCAUAAUCGAUUAACACAAAUUUGACAACAUAUAUAAAAUGGCCAAAUGUCAACUGUCAGUUGUCACCCGUUAAUUAUAAGGAGACAUUAUCGAGAAUAUUUGAAAUUUGCUGAAUAAUUAUGAGCAAAAUUGAAUGAAAACCGUCGAAUUUUUGAUUAAUACAAAUUUGACAAGGUAUGACAUGUCGAAUGUCAACUGUCAGUUGUCACUCGUUAAUUAUAAGGAGACAUUAUCGAGAUUAUUUAAAAUUUGCUGAAUAAUUAUGAGCAAAUUGAAUGAAAACCGUCGAAUUUUUGAAUAAUACAAAUUUGACAAGGUAUGACAUGUCAACUGUCAGUUGUCACUCGGUAUUUAUAAGGAGAAACAUAGACAAUUUUCUAAAGAAUUAUGAGCAGAAUCGAAUGGAAACCGUCGAAUUUUUGAAUAAUACAAAUUUGACAAGGUAUGACAUGUCGAAUGUCAACUGUCAGUUGUCACUCGUUAAUUAUAAGGAGACAUUAUCGAGAAUAUUUAAAAUUUUCUGAAUAAUUAUGAACAAAAUUGGAUGAAAACCUUCGAAUUUUUGAAUAAUACAAAUUUGACAAGGUGUGACAUGUCGAAUAUCAACUGUCAGUUGUCACUCGGUAUUUAUAAGAAGAAACAGACAUUUUUCUAAAGAAUUAUGAUCAGAAUCGAAUGGAAACCGUCGAAUUUUUGAAUAAUACAAAUUUGACAAGGUAUGACAUGUCAACUGUCAGUUGUCACUCGGUAUUUAUAAGGAGAAACCUAGACACUUGUCUAAAGAAUUAUGAUCAGAAUCGAAUGGAAACUGUCGAAUUUUUGAAUAAUAUAAAUUUGACAAGGUAUGACAUGUCGAAUGUCAACUGUCAGUUGUCACUCUAUAUUUAUAAGGAGAAACAUAGACACUUGUAUAAAGAAUUAUGAUCAGAAUCGAAUUGAAAAAAUUUGACAAGGUACGACAUGUCGAAUGUCAACUGUCAGUUGUCACUCGUUAAUUAUAAGGAGACAUUAUCGUAAAUAAAAUUGUUAAUUGUCAAAAGGAGACUGAUCUAAAUUGCUCUAGACCAUAUAAAAGGAACGGACGAUUCUACAAACAUCUUUUUGUACAAAAAAAGAAACGACAAAAGAAAACUAAUGUAGAAGAAAAUAUGGUAACAGUUUGGAAAUGGUGUCCACCAUAUAUUUGGUCAUAAAAGAUCGAAAAGUUGAUUUUUUUUAUUUAUACAAUAUCGAAAAAUCGUAUAUUCCAUGAUUUGUUUCCAAAAACUGAUUUGUUUUCGAAAAGUACAUAAAAAAACGAACAAUUUGAAAAGAAAACAAUUGAAUAUCGUAGUUAGGAAUUAUUAAGAAUUUUGAAAAAAUUUUUAUCGCAUGAAUUAUGAAAAAAGGAAAUCCUAACCAAAACUAACCUAAAAAUUUCUAAAAAAACUCUCGUCGAUUGAAAUAUAACUUUUUUUUGGAAAAUUUAUAUAUUUUUCGUACCCGUGGAGGAAUUUGGCAGAGUUUUUUUUUGUAAAACUUUUUUUAAUUGUUAAAAUUCUGUAGAAUUCGUUCACGGUUCCUUUUAACGAAAACAUUUUAAUGUUGCAUUCGAACUGAACUCUGUCCAACUUUUAUUUCCUUUUUCUUUUCCUGGUUAAUAUGUACCGUUGAACUGUAGUGCAAUAACGUAUAAUUUAAAAAAAAAUGAGCUGAAGAAACAGGAAAUGAUGGAAACCGAAAUAAAAAAUACAGUGAGGGACGAAAAUUUCCGGUAUAUGAACCGAAAAAUUCAAAUAUCGUUUUGAUUUCUUUUGGAUUGGGGUUCGGUGACUAGACCAAUUUGUAAAAUGCCACAUUGUUUUGUUUCUUAUUGAUAUUUAUGAAGAUGUUUGUACAUUAUUCGAUUUUUACUUAAACGUAUUGAUGUAAUUCCAAAUAUUUUCACUUUUGGUUUUUUUUCUCUAAAAAACUAUAUACGGGAUAAGAAUUUUCACCUGGAACAAUUUUUUUUUGGUGGAAUUUCAUUGAUUUUAACAAAUUUGUACCUAUCAAACUUAACUUCACACCCCACCCUACCGCGUACCCACUUUUUUCCAAGUAAUACCGAAAACGUUAUAGCUGACGCCAUCUAUCGAAAAUCCUUAUAAUUUUUUCGAUUUUCGAAACAAAAUUGAAGAAAUAAACUAAGUUUUCACACUAAAAAUCUUUUUUCGCUAAUUUUUCACACUUUUUCACUAAUUUUUACCUAUCAAAUUCAACUAUACACUCCUAUACAUUAUCACCUACUCACUAUAAUAACGAAAACGUUGUAGCUAACGCCAUCUAAUAACAAUCGUUCGAACCUAUAAAUUUUCCAUCCAAAUUUAAAGAAGUAAUCAUCACAUCAACUGUCAAAAAUUAAAUUCGCAACACAAUGUUGCCAAAUUUAGGAAAAUUUGAUAUUUUUCGUAAUAUCAAAAUUUAUGUUUCUGAUUUUAAGUCCCUUCUGUUUCACAAUUAGUUUUAUUCAAUAAUUUUGAAAAGAUAGAUAAAGAAUAUUAAAAAAAAAUAAUUUUGAAACCGAAGAGACUUAAUAUCAAGAACAUUUAGAAACAUAAACAUAUCAGAAGAUCUAAGAAUUAUUUAAAAUAUGGCAACACAGUAAUAUUCUCCCAAUAAUAAACGUGACAGUAGUGUAAACAGUAAACUGUCGAAAAAUAAAAUAACUAGUGUUGUCCACAACAACAUAAACUCAUUAAAUUGAUAUAAAAUAAAAUAUUAGAUAAGUAAACUAACUAGAAGGUUUAAAUAAUUAAUAUUACGGAUGAGAAGUUGAUUUUCAAUACUUUUUAAUAAAAUUUUUGUUACUAUCAUUGGAUUUAAUAUUAUCUGUGAUUAAAUCACUGUUAUAUUCCACACUCGCAUCACUAACAUUGGUUAUUCUACUUCUACGAGGGUAUUAAGAUAAAAACAUCAUUCUUUUAUUCAUUUCCAUGGAAAUUAUUAUUCUGUAUAUGGUUUUAAGAGAAAUUUAUUCGUCAUUGAAAAAUAUUUGGGUAAUAUUAGAUAAUUUGGAUUAAUAUUUUUAAUUGUGUAUUGAAAUUUUUGUAAAAAAAAAUUAGUAUUACCAUUUUUCAGAUUUACAAGGAUGUAACGAGAUAAAAGAAGGGGGUAAUCUAAUUUCUGAUUAAAAUUCUUUGUCCGAAAAAAAUUGCUAUUUUUAUAUUAACCAAAUUUUGACAUUGUCUUUGUACCAUUGUUAAAUUAUCUGAAGAUGUGAUAAAAUUAAUUUUGAUUAUUUCAAAAUAAUUGUGUCUCGAUAAAACCAAAAGAAAAA